AUUGAGUAUAUCACGUCUUCAGUUCAGUUCGCUCCGUGCGCAGCGAUGCGUCAGCUCGAAACGAUUAAACCGAAUCCAUCAGAUCCAACGGAUUAGUAGGAAUAACGCGUUUCCCAUAACGUAUACAAACAUGUGUCACCUAACACGGCACACAGUAGCAUUAGCUUAGGCUAACCGAAAGCACUUACAAAUUGCUUUCAAAAAGUGCUGAGCAAAUCUCGCGAAGAGCAGCUGCUCAAUCAUCCGGUGGAAGAACCCGAACAAAAGAACCAAUCGGUGAGAUUAAUUAAUCCGCUAACCUCGAACCGCUGGCUGUUUACACGAACACGCGAUCCUCCUCGGUUGGAGGAGUGAGGUAAACCCUUUUUCGAAAUCGAAUGUCACUGUGUCACCUAACCUGCGCGAAAACGGAGAUUAUGCGGUGAACAGAACAAAGCUUCUCCUUCAGAUAGUCAGUCAUACGUUGAAUGAGUUGCGGCAAUCAUGCAACGGCAACAAAUCGUUCUUCCAUCAGCAAGACUACGACAACGGCGAUGAUGGUGAUGGUCGAAGUGUGCCCCGAUUUGUCGCUGAUUAGAUAGCAUUAGCUUACUACGAUCGAAAAGGGGUUUAUUAGUUUACAUGCUGAGGCCUUAGAAGAAGUUAGUCGCUCUAUCGGGGUUAAGGUUAUGACUGUCGUUGCCCAUGAUCGGUGAGAGAAAAUGGAGGCAAAAGUGAAAUCAGCUCGAAUAGUUCCGACGUCCAGCUCGGGGAACAAUCUCCUGGCCACCGUAUUUGGCGACAAUGUGACCGGAACCGGAAGGAAAAGUGAUGCAUGGAGUGAUAACGAACACGUGUCGGAAAAGGUCAACAAGGCACAGGAAGAAGACCCAUCGGAACCGUUUAUCGUGAAGGAGAGUGAGAGUGAGUCCAGUGUGGAAAGUGACCGACUAUUCAAGAAGCCAAAAACUCGAAUAUAUUCGAUAGAUUUGGAGCGUAAUGUGCCAAAAGAUAAGCGAGAUAGGAAGAUAAGGGGAAGUGUUUUAAGUACCAGUGAGUGUAGCACUACAAGCCAUACUAGCAGCAGUGGAAGUGCCAAUGAAUGUAAACAAGAUUCUCAUUUUGACGCCAAACUAGUGGAUAAGUUCGUUAGGACCAACCGGAAGCGACGGAAGCGGAAAGAUGCCAAAACUGCCCUGGUCAAGUUAUGCCAAUGCUGUCCCUGGACCGUGCCAUGGAGCCUGUUGGUGAUUAGUGCAAUACAGAUUUGUACAUAUGUUUUCAAUAACGAUACCUUCUACCAAUUACUCAUAUUCUCACCGGUGCUUCAGCAUGAGAUAUGGCGUUUCGUGACAUAUACCUUUCUUCAUGCCAAUGCCGUUCAUUUGAUGCUCAACGUUAUCAUUCAGAUAAUAGUGGCCUUUCCCCUUGAGACUGAACAGGGGCACGGUGCGGUGCUGGUGGUUUACUUUGCUGGUGUGAUUGCCGGUGGAAUGGGAGCGUCCGUGUUCGAACCGACGCAGAUGGUGGGGGCCUCGGCUGGAGUAUACUGCCUGUUGAUAAGCCAUGUUCCGCACAUAGUUAUGAACUUCCAAUCUCUAUCGCAUCGCUACUUUCGGAUAAUGGCCGUGCUGGUGCUAUGCGUUAGCGAUGUUAUCUACUCCAUCCGACACUGUAUGACUAAGGGCAACCUGCAGCCACGGAUCGGCGUCCCAGCCCACGUCAGCGGUGCCAUCUGUGGCCUCCUGAUUGGGUUCAUCGUGUACCAGGGUGAGAAGCUGAUGCAUUUUCGGAUAGCACGGUACGGAGCCAUGGUUCUACUCUCCGGUUGGGUCGUCGCAACGAUCAUGUACAACAUGCAGGUCAGGGCCUAGUUGUGUUCUUUUGCGAUAUUUAUACUCUCUCUCCCGUACUAAACGUAGUUAAAUAUUAGAUAAGACCAAUUAGAAUUCGUUUGGGUGAUCAAAGGCCAAAAAUGCUUAUUGCGAAGUAGAAUGAAAUGCAAUCAGAAAUGUACCUAAGAAGCAGCUUAAAUGAAAGGGAAAGUCAUUUUAUAUACGAUUAAAAUUAUUUCAAAGCUUUA